AUGGAUGAAGAGCUAAAAUGUCCAGUUUGCGGCUCUUUUUUCAAGGAGCCUAUCAUCCUGCCAUGCUCCCAUAACGUGUGCCUGGCAUGUGCGCGAAAUAUCACGGUCCAGACCCCGGAGGGUGAACCCCCUCCACCUAACCGGGCAUCGGGCGGCUCGGACUACGACUACACGGACGCGGAUAAGAUGAGCGAGACAGACAGCGGAUACGGAUCAUACACACCGUGCGCCAAAUCUCCAAACGGUGUGCGGGUGUUCCCUCCUGCCCUCACCGCCCAUCGGCACCGCUCCGUGACAUGCCCACUGUGCCACAGGAGUGCGUCUCUGUAUGAACGGGGCCUGCGGGGAUUUCCGCGUAACGGUUUGCUGGAAUCCAUCGUGUCGCGGUGCCGCAAGACUCCAGCUAAGUGCCAGCUGUGCGACCGCAACCCAGCGGAUGCCACCGUUAUGUGCGAGCAAUGCGACGUCAUGUAUUGCGCACCGUGCCAGCAAAGGUGCCAUCCUGCCAGAGGUCCGCUCGCAAAGCACCGGCUCGUGUCGCCCACAGCCACCGGGCGCACUGGACCCACCUUGAUCGGUGCUGGUGCGGGUACAGGUGCGAGCGCUCAAACUCCGGGCGCAGUGUGCGCUGAACAUGAAGCCCAGAGCUACAGUGCCUACUGUGCCACCUGCAGGAUCCCAGUGUGCUACCUGUGUCUGGAGGAGGGCAAGCACGGAAAACAUGACUUGAAGCCCAUAGCUGUCAUGUGGAAAACGCACAAGUGCCAGCUGUCCCAGGCAUUGAAUGGAGUCUCUGAAAAAGCGAAAGAUGCCAAGGAAUUUCUGGUUCAGCUGAAGAGCCUGCUACAACAGAUUCAGGAGAACGGGGUGGAGUUUGAAGCAUGUCUGGUGGCUCAGUGUGACGCCCUAAUUGAAGCUCUGACGAGGCAGAAAGCCAAACUUCUUACCAAGGUCACCAAGGAGAAAGAAAGCAAACUGAAGACUGUGAGAGAUCAGAUCACACACUGCACUAUGAAGCUUAGACAGACCACUGGCAUGAUGGAAUUCUGUCUGGAGGUCAUCAAGGAGAACGACCCCACUGGCUUCCUACUGAUCUCUGAUGCAUUAAUAAAGCGGGUCCAGCUCUCUCAGGAGCAGUGGGUAAAAGGUGCUCUGGAACCCAAGGUUUGUCCUGAAUUCAACCUGAGCAUCAACACCGACCCCCUACUGCAGGCCAUUCUCCAACUCGACCUUACACAGGCCCAUGUGGAAUCCCAGUCGGUCCCUUCCGCUCCUCUACUGGAGCUGGAGAAGUGCUGCUUGAGGAACAACAGUGCCACGCUGGCCUGGAGGAUAACUACGCCUCAGGUGCUACCAGUUGAGGGUUACAUCCUGGAACUCGAUGAUGGGAGUGGUGGACAGUAUCGGGAGGUGUACGUGGGAAAGGAGACGGUGUGCACAGUGGACGGUCUUCACUUCAACAGCUCCUACAAUGCUCGAGUCAAAGCUUACAACUCCCUCGGGCCUGGAGCUUACAGCAAGACAGUAGUUUUGAAGACAUCUGAUGUUGCCUGGUUCACCUUUGAUCCUACCUCAGCACACAGAGACAUCGUCCUGUCCAACGAGAACCAGACGGUGAGCUGUAACAGCUACGACGACCGUGUGGUGCUCGGAACAGCUGCUUUCUCUAAAGGUGUUCAUUACUGGGAGGUUAGCAUUGACCGUUACGAUAACCACCCGGACCCUGCGUUCGGAGUGGCUCGCAUCAACACCACGAAGGACACGAUGCUGGGUAAAGAUGAUAAAGCUUGGGCCAUGUAUGUGGACAACAAUCGCUCGUGGUUUAUGCACAACAACUCACACACUAACAGGGCUGAGGGAGGAAUAACCAAGGGCUCCACAGUGGGGGUUCUGCUAGACCUGACCAAACACACUCUCAUCUUUUUCAUCAACAAAGAGCAGCAUGGCCCCGUGGCCUUCGAGAACAUGGAGGGAGUGUUCAUGCCUGCCAUCAGCCUCAACCGCAAUGUACAGGUGACUCUACUCACAGGUCUAGAAGUGCCAAAGAACAUCAAAUAAAGACCGUGGACCCGUGAAGAUGUGAUGUACGUC